AUGGCAGCUGUCUCUCAUCUGGUCCCUCACUGUGUCCAUUUUCUGCGUCGGGGGGUUAUUAAUUUGGUGGCUAUAAUUGGAGCCGUGUUGAUGCUCUUGAGCCAGAGAGCCGUGUCCUUUGAGACAAUCAUUGCCGGACGGUUCCUCUACGGCUUCAGCCGUGGGAUCAGUUUUGCUGCUCACACCAUGUACCUCAUUGAAUGCUCCCCAGAGUGCCUGCGAGGGAAGGAAGCUGGGCGGGACACAGACGGCUUCCUCUCCUUUGGGAAGUUCGUCGGUCAGCUUCUGGGGAUCAGCAAGCUGCUCGGUACGCGGGAGAACUGGCCCUGGCUGCUGGCCUUCAACGGCUUCAUGGCGUUUCUCCAGCUCUGCACCGCUGGCAGCUCAUCACCAUCAUCGUUCCGUGAGUGACAGGC